AUGAAAUGGCCUCGUUUCAACCGCUUUGAACUCGGUAGCUACUCUGAAGAACUCUCUUCCAAACCAACUGCAUUUAAGAUGGUGCUAGAGAGUACAUUUCCCACUGAGCUCUGAAAGGAGCUGCAGCAGCCGCCAUGCAGCCAAGUCUACGGAGACAAAGAAAAUACGUUAUGCAAUGAGCUAUUUCAUGUUGCUCUCCAGCCUGGCAUGUGUGCAAAGGUUGCAGAGCAAACAGAGGAAGCGGGUAGUACUCGCACUGAGGAGAAGGAGAGAGGGAGGGAGGGGGUAGAGGAGAAAGGAACAGGAAGAGAGUCAGAGGAGAGCUGCUGAAGCUGUGGUGACUCAGCCUGGGUACUGGGAGAGGAGAUGGUUUGUUAGAGAGGGAGGUGGGAGGCAGGGUAGUGCUCUACCCAUACUUAACCGUUCUCUAUACUUUAUGUGGUUUGGACUCGACAUUCCCAAAUGUACCAUUGUUGGAUACAGCAGUUAGAAAUGUCCAAAUAAAGAUACAAAAUAUUUGGGACAUCCACUGGGACCCAGAAAAUGCUGUUAUUGACCGUCCAUCCAACAUAUUUUUUUCUUCAUCUGAUAAGAUGUUGCAUGGUGCCAGACAUUAGUUACUGUAUAGCUCUUGACAAUGCACAAGUAACUUGUACUGUUUUCCUGCACAAAGUAUCCCUCUGGAUGCUAUCAGUCCCAUGCACUUGUCGCAUGGUGCACUUGUCGCAUGGGACACGCGCUCAUCAUUUCAAAUAGGCUACAAGUCAUAUUAAACAGCAUAUAAACACUCUAAAUAGGUCAGGAGCCAGACAGGGAGCCUAAGAAGGAACGGAAAUGAAUUAUUUAGGCUAUAUUAUUUCAAUUAUUUCAAGGCUAUAGCCUACAAAGAAAUACAUUGUGAAGAAUUUGCAAGUGCGACACACUGGGCUGGUAGGGAGUCAGAGAUAUUAAGCGCUCAGCAUUUAAACAACAUUUUAAUUGUAUUCAAUCAUUAUAGUCUAUAAAUUGCUCAUAGACUGUGACUUACUUAGAAUUAAAUACAAAUUAAACGAAAAAUGCUUUAUUAGGCUCAGUCUACAGUGCCUUUGAGUCUGUGGCUUCAGGCUCAUGCGAUGGUGCCUGGAGAGCAGGCCAGCAGCGGAGAAUAUCCUCUCCGUGCUUGCAGAGCCAUUGGGGAUGCUAAACACCAUUUUGCCCAAUCUUGUCAGGAUGGACAGGGAUGCAGAGUUGUUGGCUUUUUCUAUAGGUAGGCCAAAUGGUUUUUGGGCAAAAUAGCCUAAUCAAAACGGAAAGGGCCUUAAGUUGGAAUAUGCCAGGGCUAUUGGCCUAUUGUAUAGAUAAUGGAACAAAAAAUGAAAACUUUUAAGAGAUCUGAUUUUUUUUUUAAAUAAAUACUUUGCUACAAUGGCACACUUCAUUAGCUACCCACCUUGUUCCUUUAUUUUAGCAUGUGCACGUAGUAAGUACACCAUGCUUUCGAGAUAUGUCUUUUCAGAUUCCACUAUAAUUCUUUAGUUGUGGUCCUUGUCUUUGUACAUUGAGGGAAAAAAGUAUUUGAUCCCCUGCUAAUUUUGUAAGUUUGUCCACUGACAAAGAAAUGAUCAGUCUAUAAUUUUAAUGAUAGGUUUAUUUGAACAGUGAGAGACAGAAUAACAAACAAAAAAAUCCAGAAAAACGCAUGUCAAAAAUGUUAUCAAUUGAUUUGCAUUUUAAUGAGGGAAAUAAGUAUUUGACCCCCUCUUAAUCAUAAAGAUUUCUGGCUCCCAGGUGUCUUUAUACAGGUAACGAGCUGAGAUUAGGAGCACACUCUUAAAGGGAGUGCUCCUAAUCUCAGCUUGUUAUCUGUAUAAAAGACACCUGUCCACAGAAGCAAUCAAUCAAUCAGAUUCCAAACUCUCCACCAUGGCCAAGACCAAAGAGCUCUCCAAGGAUGUCAGGGACAAGAUUGUAGACCUACACAAGGCUGGAAUGGGCUACAAGACCAUCGCCAAGCAGCUUGGUGAGAAGGGGACAACAGUUGGUGCGAUUAUUCGCAAAUGGAAGAAACACAAAAGAACUGUCAAUCUCCCUCGGCCUGGGGCUCCAUGCAAGAUCUCACCUCGUGGAGUUGCAAUGAUCAUGAGAACGGUGAGGAAUCAGCCCAGAACUACACGGGAGGAUCUUGUCAAUGAUCUGAAGGCAGCUGGGACCAUAGUCACCAAGAAAACAAUUGGUAACACACUACGCCGUGAAGCACUGAAAUCCUGCAGAGCCUGCAAGGUCCCCCUGCUCAAGAAAGCACAUAUACAUGCCCGUCUGAAGUUUGCCAAUGAACAUCUGAAUGAUUCAGAGGAGAACUGGGUGAAAGUGUUGUGGUCAGAUGAGACCAAAAUGGAGCUCUUUGGCAUCAACUCAACUCGCCGUGUUUGGAGGAGGAGGAAUGCUGCCUAUUACCCCAAGAACACCAUCCCCACCGUCAAACAUGGAGGUGGAAACAUUAUGCUUUGUGGGUGUUUUUCUGCUAAGGGGACAGGACAACUUCAACACAUCAAAGGGACGAUGGACGGGGCCAUGUACCGUCAAAUAUUGGGUGAGAACCUCCUUCCCUCAGCCAGGGCAUUGAAAAUGGGUCGUAGAUGGGUAUUCCAGCAUGACAAUGACCCAAAACACACGGCCAAGGCAACAAAGGAGUGGCUCAAGAAGAAGCACAUUAAGGUCCUGGAGUGGCCUAGCCAGUCUCCCGACGUUAAUCCCAUAGAAAAUCUGUGGAGGGAGCUGAAGGUUCGAGUUGCCAAACGUCAGCCUCGAAACCUUAAUGACUUGGAGAAGAUCUGCAAGGAGGAGUGGGACAAAAUCCCUCCUGAGAUUUGUGCAAACCUGGUGGCCAACUACAAGAAACGUCUGACCUCUGUGAUUGCCAACAAGGGUUUUGCCACCAAGUACUAAGUCAUGUUUUGCAGAGGGGUCAAAUACUUAUUUCCCUCAUUAAAAUGCAAAUCAAUUUAUAACAUUUUUGACAUGUGUUUUUCUGGAUUUUUUUGUUGUUAUUCUGUCUCUCACUGUUCAAAUAAACCUACCAUUAAAAUUAUAGACUGAUAAUUUCUUUGUCAGUGGGCAAACAUACAAAAUCAGCAGGGGAUCAAAUACUUUUUUCCCUCACUGUACAUAGGUAUUCACACCCCUGUGUCAAUAAUUUGUGAAACACCUUUUGGCAGCGAUUUACAUCUGUGAGUCUUUCUGGGUAAGGGGGAUCAAAUACUUUUUUUCCUCACUGUAAGUCACCUUGAUUUUGCACCUGUGUGUUUUAUCAGUUUCUUUAUGAAUAUAUUUAGCGAACUCCAUGACAGUAGCUAAAGCAAGCAGACUACAAAUGCAUGCUGGGCCGGGCAUGCCCUGAGCUUGUGAAGUGAGCGCUACUGGAGCGAAAUUGGAGCAGGCGAGAAGGCCGUCGCUCCGGCCUUUGGGAAUAUCGCUUCGCGCUCCAGUCAAAUUUGGCACACUCCGCUCCAGCUCCGCUCCACUCACUUACUCUGGUAUCGCUGGGUCUUGGAUAGUGGACUGCACUCAAACUGAAAACAUUUGGGAACCUCUGUCUAACCUGUGUUAUGUCCUGUGUCUCCACAGGCACUGGCGAAAGUGGCAAGAGCACCUUCAUCAAACAGAUGCGCAUCAUCCACGGGACGGGCUACACCGACGAGGACAAGAGGGGCUUCACCAAGCUGGUCUAUCAGAACAUCUUCACCUCCAUGCAGUCCAUGAUCCGGGCCUCCGAGACCCUCAAGAUCCAGUACAAGUAUGAACAGAACAAGGUGAGUCUGGCUGGGGGAUAGGGAGAAGGGAUUGGGAUAGGGGUCCACUCAUUGGACAAAGACAUUGUUAGUCGAAAUGUCUUCUAUUAUUAUAGCCUUAUGUAGGCCUAUAUCUAGACCCCACAUUAGAGAUCACUUAUAGUGCAUUCUGAAAGUAUUCAGACCCCUUGACUUUUUCCACAUUUUGUUACAUUACAGCCUUAUUCUAAAAUUGUUGAAAGUGUUUUUGGCCCUCAUCACAAUACCCCAUAAUGACAAAGCAAAAACUUUCUAGACAUUUUUGCAAAUUUUUUAAAUAAAAAAUGGAAAUAUCACAUUUAUGGGGAAAGUAAAUGUAGUAUUCAGACCCUUUACUCAGUACUUUGUUGAAGGAACUUUGGCAGUGAUUACAGCCUUGUGUCUUCUUGGGUAUGACGCUACAAACUUGACAGACCUGUAUUUGGGAGUUUCUCCCAUUCUUCUCUGCAGAUCCUCUCAAGCUCUGUCAGGUUGGAUGGGAAGCGUUAUGAGGUCCUGAGUGCUCUGGAGCAGGUUUUCAUCAAGGAUCUCUCUGUACUUUUCUCCGUUCAUCUUUCCCUCGAUCCUGACUAGUCUCCCAAUCCCUGCCGCUGAAAAACAUCCCCACAGCAUGAUGCUGCCACCACCAUGCUUCACUGUAGGGAUGGUGCCAGGUUUCCUCCAGACGUGACGCUUGGCAUUCAGGCCAAAGAAUCUUGUUGUGCCUUUUACUGAGGAGUUGCUUCCGUCUGGCCACCCUACCAUAAAGGCCAGAUUGGUGGAGUGCUGCAGAGAUGGUUGUCCUUCUGGAAGGUUCUCCCAUCCCCACAGAGGAACUCUGGGAGUUAUGUCAGUGACCAUCAGGUUUUUGGCUCAGUAUGGCCCGGCGACCAGCUCUAGGAAGAGUCUUGGUGGUUCCAAACUUCUUCCAUUUAAGAAUGAUGGAGGCCACUGUGCUCUUGGGGACCUUCAAUGCUGCAGAAAUGUUUUGGUACCCUUCCCCAGAUCUUUGCCUCGACACAAUCCUGUCUCGGAGCUCUACAGACAAUUCCUUCGACCUCAUGGCUUGGUUUUUGCUCUGACGCGCACUGUCAACUGUGGGACGUUAUAUAAAUAGGUGUGUGCCUUUCCAAAUCAUGUCCAAUCAAUAUAAUUUUCCACAGGUGGACCCCAAUAAAGUUGUAGAAACAUCUCAGGGAUGAUCAAUGGAAACAGGAUGCACCUGAGCUCAAUUUCGAGUCUCAUAGCAAAGGUUCUGAGUACUUAUGUAAAUAAGGUAUUUCUGUUUAUUUAUUUUUAGUGUAGUGAGAUUUUUUAAAAUAUUUUUAUUUAAUCCAUUUUAGAACAAGGCUGUAACUUAACAAAAUGUGGAAAAGGGGAAGGGGUCUGAAUACUUUCCGAAUGCACUGUAUGUGAGCAGCAAAUGGUUAGUGGCCCUUACAGUAGUUUUUGAAUGGGUCAUUGGCUGCUGAUGUAUGCGCUAGGGAUGUGCCAAAUUGACAAUUUUUCUAAACGUUUAAACAUACUUUUUCUUUUCUCAAUGUUCCAAUAAAACGACACAAAAAAAUCAUAAAAUACCACGUGUAUUCACAAUGUAGCUGUGCUGCUGCAAGCAUCGGUUUGGUCUCACGGCGUCCCUUUCAGAUGGUUAAGCAUUGCACCUGUACUACCAUUACUGUACGUCCAUUCCAGCUUGUAUAGUUUGCAUUUCCUUCUUAUUUAGCCAGAAUUGCCAUACAGGACUUUGCUGCUGUCACUUGCCUUUCUCUGCCAUUUUCCAACUGUUAACGACGAUGACGUAGUGUUGGAGAGUCGAAUCCAAAAUAAUUGAUUCCUCAACUCCUUGCACGCCGACUCCAAUUUCUCAGUGUCAAGAUUCGAUUCCGCUAGGAAUCGACCCCUAAGAUUCAGUGUUUUUGGAAUAGAGGAGACUGAUUUAUAGUCAAGGGGAGUGCCUUCAGAAAGUAUUCACUCCCCUUGACUUUUCCACAUUUAGUUGUGUUACAGCCUGAAUUAAAAAUUGAUUGAAUUUAGAUUUUAUUUUGUCACUGGCCUACACACAAUACCCCAUAAUGUCAAAGUGGAAUAAUGUUUUAGAAAUUUCCACUUUUCUUUUUUAAAUUAAUUUGUAGAGUCAAUAAGUAUUCAACCCCUUUGUUACGGCAAGCCUAAAUAAGUUCAGGAGUAAAAAUGUGCUAGUCACAUAAUAAGUUGCAUGGACUUACUCUGUGUGCAAUAAUAGAGUUUAACAUGAUUUUGAAUGGCUACCUCAUCUCUGUACCCCACACAUACAAUUAUCUGUAAGGUCCUGCAGUCAAACAGUGAAUUUCAAACACAGAUUCAACCACAAAGAACAGGGAGGUUUUCCAAUGCCUUGCAAAGGGCACCUAUUGGUAGAUAGGUGUAAAUAAACAAAGCACACAUUGAAUAUCCCUUUGAUAAUAUAUCAAUACACCCAGUCACUACAAAGAUACAGACGUCCUUCCUAACUCAGUUGCCAGAGAGGAAGAAAACUGCCCAGGGAUUUCACCAUAAGGCCAUUGAUGACUUUAAAACAGUUAGAGUUUAAUGACUGUGAUAGAAAACUGAGGAUGGAUCAACAACAUUGUAGUUACUUCACAAUACUGAAUGUAUUGAGAGUGAAAAGAAGGAUACAAAUAUUCCAAAAUAUGCAUCCUGUUUGCAACAAGGCACUAAAGUAAUACUGCAAAAUAUGUUGCAAAGCAAUUAACUUUUUGUUCCUGAAUACAAAGUGUUACGUUUGGGGCAAAUAAAAUACAACACAUUACUGCAUAACCUAAAACACAAAGCCAAAUAUACGCUGGAGUUACUUACCAAGAAGACUGUGAAUGUUCCUGAGUGGCCAAGUUACCGUUUUGACUUAAAUCUACUUGAAAAUCUAUGGCAAGACCUGAAAAUGAUCUAGCAAUGAUCAACAACGAAUUUGACAAAGCUUGAAGAAUUUUGAAAAGAAUAAUGGGCAGAUGUUGCACAAUCCAGGUGUGGGAAAACUCUUCCUUACCCAGAAAGACUCACAGCUGUAAUCGCAGCCAAAGUAUUGACUCAGGGAUGUGAAUACUUAUGUAAAUGAGAUAUUUCAGUAUUUCAUUUUCAAUACAUUUGCAAAAAUUUCUAUAAACAUGUUUUCACUUUGUCAUUAUGGGGUAGUGUUUGUGUGUGUAGAAGGGUGAGAAAAAUAAUUAAGUUAAUCCAUUUUGAAUUCAGGCUGUAAUACAAAAUGUGGAUUAAGUCGAGGGGUAUGAAUUAUUUCUGAAGGCACUGUAAAUGUCCAUCUAAUCAUUUGCCUAUUUUUGUUCCCAUCUAAUCAGAACUAGCAGCACUGGAAUAGCCAUGUUUCCCACUGGGUAAAAGACUACUGGGCUUUGCAAUCCCUCCUUGGGUUAAUCUAAUUGUGCUCCGACCAGCUAACUUCUCUUUCUGGAACUCAGAAAAAGCAACACACAUGCAGGCCGCUGUUAAUGCCAAUUAGGGUUAAGUGCCUUGCUCAAAGGCACGUCAACAGAUUUCUCACCUUGACGGCUAUGGUAUUCGAACCAGCAACCUUUCGGGGGGAGGGGCACUGUAUAGGCAGGUUGGCCAGCAGGCAGAAAGUCAGAACUGUGCACUAGGCCUAUCUAUCGACAAUCAAAAGCUGUAUCUCGCAAUGGAAUGCUGUAUCGCAAAAUUUCUUGGCUUGCAAUGUCUCGGCAAUUCAGUAAUGCUGGGGCUAGGAUAUUCUACACGCAACGGACCAAAGACUGAACACACACUCGCAUCAUUAGCGAGCAGAAAGAGCAGGUGAGCCAGCGCGAUGGAGAGAGUGGAGGGGGCAAGCAGAAAGAACCGUCCUCAUAUGUCUUGGUCUCACAAUGUCUUGUCUUGCAUGCCUCGCAAAUUCACCAAAGUGGCCUAGGCCAUGAAUAUUCCACCAAAAGCUACAGACGACUACCUUCUGGCAUUGUCUGAAUUCUCAUCCACUCAUAGGACACCUAACUGGCAAACGUUGUUAGCUGGCAAUCUCAGCAUUGAAUUGUCCAGCCACAGCUUGUAUGUCUGCAUCAUCAAAUGCAAACCAUAUUCAAAUAGACCAUAAACGUGGCCGUAAACCAUGCCAUAAAACAUAAUGGACUAAUACUCCAAUCUGUUCUGUCCUGGUAUGGAUACUAAGUCACUGCUGAGGAGAAGCCUGGAUGUAUCUAUUGAAAGACUAGUCUGUCUUUAGCCCUAAAUCAUAUCGAGAACAUUCUGUCAGUAUAACACAAGGUUAUCUUCCUUUAACAUCGCUGUUGAUGCAAAUAAUAGGAAAUUAUAUGUCCUAUCUUGUGCUGUAUACUUUCGAUCUGAAUAAAGAAAUUACUAAAUUAUUGUGGAAUUCUGUUACAGUAAAUGUGGAUGAUGCUUUCCACCUUCCACCAUUCCUUCCAUGUUCCUAACCUGUUGUCUUCUUUCCCCUGUUCCUCCCCCCAGUCCAACGCGCUGCUGGUGCGCGAGGUGGACGUGGAGAAGGUGUGUUCUUUCGAACAGCCCUACAUCAGUGCAAUAAAGAUACUGUGGACAGACCCUGGCAUCCAGGAGGCCUAUGACCGCAGGCGUGAAUAUCAGCUCUCGGACUCCACCAAAUAGUAAGUCUACUCCUGACUUGAAACACACACACACAACUGCUACAGUGGUUAGAGAUUUAGAAGAGUUAGAAUGAGAGAGAUUGAGAAUGUUUUUAGUUAUUUAUUUUUAAGUUGAAGUAGUGAAUAUCAUCUAUGUCUGAUAAAUAGUGGUUUGAGAAAGUGAAAGUGAGGGAGACCAAAAGAAAGGGGGGGGGGAACAAUGAAAGAUAGAAGGAUGGAAAGAUAAAGAACAGACAGCAACAUUUCUCCUCCUGCUCCACCUUAGUUCUAGUUGAACUAACCUGUGGAGACCAGAAUGGCAUGUUUGUUAUGUAGAUGUAGGUCUCGAUUUAUUCAGCCCUAAAAUGCAGAGUAAGUAAUAUGACUCGCAAUCAAUGUAGUGAUUAGACUACUCUAUAUUUGUAUGACUCUGAAAAGGUUAUCAGGAGUCAGGACUGUAAAAAUGAGUAAGGAGUAAGGAGAUACAGCUAUAAUACUCUAUAUUAAUGUAUACGGUAUUGAUUCCCACAUCCAUUCUCUUACAUUACAUGCCAGGUUACAUGAUAGAGUUUUCAGGUCUCGUCCUUAUUCAGCUUUAUCACACUGUGAACUAUGAACCUGAGUGCCAGUCUGUCUUUGCUCUAGCCAGCUUAACGUUGUCUUGGCAAAGCAGCCAUGUAGCCUUGUUGAAUGCAGAAAUGGUCUGGCACCUAGGCUUGUGUGAAUUGUUAUUAUUGCUACUAACAUAGUUUGUUUAGAAAUGUAUAUGUGCAGUGCUUUCGGAAAGUAUUCAGUCCCCUUGACUUUUUCCACAGUGUUACAUUACAGCCUUAUUCUAAAAUGGAUGAAAUUGUUUUUUUUUCUCCUCAGUCUACACACAAUACCCCAUAAUUACAAAGCAAAAACUGUUUUUUAGACAUUUUUGCAUAUGUAAAAAAAAAAAAAAACUUUUCAUAUCACAUUUACAUACAGUACCAGUCAAAGGUUUGGACACACCUACUCAUUCAAGGGUUUUUCUUAAAUUUUACUAUUUUCUACGUUGUAUGAUAAUAGUGAAGACAUCAAAACUAUGAAAUAACACAUGGAAUCAUGUAGUAACCAAAAAUGUGUUAAACAAAUCAAAAUAUAUUUUAGAUUCUUCAAAGUAGCCACCCUUUGCCUUGAUGACAGCUUUUCACACUCUUGGCAUUCUCUCAACCAGCUUCACCUGGAAUGCUUUUCCAACAGUCUUGAAGGAGUUCCCAUAUAUGCUGAGCACUUGUUGGCUGCUUUUCUUUCAAAUAGCCCUUACACAGCCUGGAGGUGUGUUGGGUCAUUGUCCUGUUGAAAAACAAAAGAUUGUCCCACUAAGCGCAAACCAGAUGGGAUGGCGUAUCGCUGCAGAAUGCUGUGGUAGCUAUGCUGGUUAAGUGUGCCUUGAAUUCUAAAUAAAUCACUGACAGUGUCACCAGCAAAUCACACCUCCUCCAUACUUCACGGUGGGAACCACACAUGCGGAGAUCAUCCGUUCACCUACUCUGUGUCUCACAAAGACACGGCGGUUGGAACCAAAAAUCUCACAUUUGGACUCAUCAGACCAAAGGACAGAUUUCCACCGGUCUAAUGUCUAUUGCUCGUGUUUCUUGGCCCAAGCAAGUCACUUCUUAUUAUUGGUGUCCUUUAAUAGUGGUUUCUUUGCAGCAAUUCGACCAUGAAGGCCUGAUUUCAUGCAGUCUCCUCUGAACAGUUGAUGUUGAGAUGUGUCUGUUACUUGAACUCUGUGAAGCAUUUAUUUGGGCUGCAAUUUCUGAGGCUAGUAACUCUAAUGAACUUACCCUCUGCAGCAGAGGUAACUCUGGGUCUCCCUUUCCUGUGGCGGUCCUCAUGAGAGCCAGUUUCAUCAUAGCGCUUGAUGGUUUUUGCAACUGCAGUUGAAGAACAUUUCAAAGUUCUUGAAAUUGUCUAGAUUGACUGACCUUUAUGUCUAAAAGUAAUGAUGGACUGUCGUUUCUCUUUGCUUAUUUGAGCUGUUCUUGCCAUAAUAUGGACUUGGUCUUUUACCAAAUAGGGCUAUCUUCUGUAUACGACCCCUACCUCACAACACAACUGAUUGGCUCAAACGCACUAAGAAGGACAGAAAUUCCACAAAUUAACUUUUAAGAAGGCACACCUGUUAUUUGAAAUGCAUUCCAGGUGACUACCUCAUGAAGCUGGUUGAGAGAAUGCCAAGAUUGUGCAAAGCUGUCAUCAAGGCAAAGGGUGGCUACUUUGAAGAAUCUCAAAUAUAAAAUAUUUUUUUGGUUACUACAUGAUUCCAUAUGUGUUAUUUCAUAGUUUUGAUGUCUUCACUAUUAUUCUACAAUGUAGAAAAUAGUAGAAAUAAAGAAAAAACCUUGAAUGAGUAGGUGUGUCCAAACUUUUGACUGGUACUGUAAGUAUUCAGACCAUUUACUCAGUAUGUUGUUGAAGCACCUUUAGCAGCAAUUACAGCCCGAGUCUUCUUGGGUAUGACGCUACAAGCUUGGACACACCUGUAUUUGGAGAGUUUCUCCCAUUCUUCUCUGCAGAUCCUCUCAAGCUCUGUCAGGUUGGAUGGGGAGCGUCGCUGCACAGCUAUUUUCAGGUCUCUCCAGAGACUUGACCUGAAGCCACUCCUGUGUUGUCUUGGUCAUUGUCCUGUUGGAAGGUGAACCUUCACCCCAGUCUGAGGUCCUGAGUGCUCUGGAGUAGGUUUUCAUCAAGGAUCUCUCUGUACUUUGCUCCGUUCAUCUUUCCCUCGAUCCUGACUAGUCUCCCAGUUCCUGCCGCUGAAAAACAUCCCCACAGCAUGAUGCUAACACCUCCAUGCUUCACCUUAGGGAUGGUGACAGGUUUCCCCCAGACGUGACGCUUGUCAUUCAGCAGGCCAAAUGGUUCAAUCUGGGUUUCAUCAGACCAGAUAAUCUUGUUUCUCAUGGUCUGAGAGCCUUUAGGUGCCUUUUGGCAAAAGUUGUAAAAACAUCUCAAGGAUGAUCACUGGAAACAGGAUGCACAUGAGCUCAAUUUCGAGUCUCAUAGCAAAGGGUCUGAAUACUUAUGUAAAUAAGGUAUCUGUUUUUUUAUUUUUAAUACAUUUGCAAACAUUUAUUAAAACAUGUUUUUGCUUUGUUAUUAUGGGGUAUUGUGUAUAGAUUGAGGGAAACAAUACAUUUUAUUCAUUUUAGAAUAAGGCUGUAAUGUAACAAAAUGUGGAAAAGUCAACGGGUCUGAAUACUUUCCGAAUGCACUGUAUAAAAAUGUGCUGCAUGUGGUGUCUGUAUGUAGUUCUGUGUACAUGAGAAAGAGAUUGUGUGUGUGUGUGUGUGUGUGUGUGUGUGUGUAUGUCUGUAUGCAUGUGUGCAGGUGAUUGUGCAGCAUCAGGCACACACGUGUCAUGUGUCCCCCUUCAUUCCACAGUUACCUUAGAGAUUUAGAGCGAAUAGCGACCGUGGGGUACGUGCCCACUCAGCAGGAUGUGCUGCGGGUUCGAGUGCCCACUACUGGCAUCAUUGAGUACCCUUUUGACCUGGAGAAUAUAAUCUUCAGGUACUGGUGUCUGAAGUGCUGCCUCUACCUCGCCACUGUAAUGUCUCCACCACCCGCCACUGCUGCUGGCCGCACAGCCUUGGGUCCUGGUAGCACACUCUCUGAGACUCCUAACUCACGAUCAGCAGCUCUGAGGUUGUCUUAGGACAAAUCACAACUACUAACUACAACCAAAAAUUGAGAAAGAUGAGAGGGUCUUUAGUCCAGACUUCUGGACUGGCUCAAUUUGAACCCAAUAGAAUUAAGGCGCAAUGGGAAAGGUUAUGGCAAGAUCUCUGAGAGAUGCCAUCAGGGACUGUACUAACUUUCUGAGAGAUGAUGGGUGCUAGAGGUGGCAGGUGAGGUGUCAAACCCCAGGGCUCUCAGGAAUGGGUUCUCCCUCCAUGCUUCACUCUCUCUCUCUUUUUUUUUGUCGAUCCUGCCUCUCUCUCUCUCCCCGUCUCUAGCUAUCUAAGCGAUCUGGAUCGUAUUGCCGAACCAAACUAUCUACCAACCCAACAAGAUGUGCUUAGGGUUCGCAUCCCCACCACAGGGAUCAUUGAAUACCCUUUCGACUUGCAAAGCAUCAUUUUCAGGUAGAAAGACAUUCACACUUUUCCUAACUCCCUUCCCUACCUACCCCAGUGUUUUGUUUUCCCUAUGAUAUUUUUUUUGUUUUCAAUAUUCAUGUUGACUGCGUUGUGAUCACAUCCAAGAACAUUGAUCACUCUAUGUUCUAUUGAUUGUAUGACUGGAGAUCAUCCUCUCCCUCACAAGAUCAACAUAAACAAAUUAUAUCACUGAUUCACCUGCUGCUUCAUUUCAUUCCUCAAUGUUGCUUUGAUCUCCAUAAUAAUUGUCUCAGGCUCAUCAAGUUUUCUCAGCUGUUGCUAUGUGAUCCUCAAGAUGUACACUGAAUGACACCUCAGCCCCUUGCUUUGCAUGGUACAAUACUGGAUGAAGUAGAAUGAUGAGCUAAAUGUCAGCUAGUCAUCUGAAGCAAUGGUCAUCAUAACAGGGAUGUUGAGAAACCGUGUACUCCAGGACUAUAACCAGUCUGGUAUCAGUAUGACAUAACCAGCCAUGCUGCCUGUUACUGUAGUCUGGGCCAGGACAGUAGAGGGGAGGGGGGAAUCCUCCUGGAUGUGGCCAGGGGAAGAGACUGAUCACUGGGCACCACGGUGUAGAACGGCUCUCUCCUCCUCAAAGAGGAUGAUGUUGAGGAGAUUGAGAGAUGGAGAUGGAUCCGGCGAAUGGGAGCGAUUUACAAAAGUGUGCAAAUCGAUAGGAAGCCAGCAUGUCAGCCCCUCCUACGCGCUGCAGCGCUGGAAAUAACUCCCAGGCCCACAAUGAGGUUGGACUCAAGAGGAUCUCUCCAAUCCUCCACCCUACUGCUGCUACUGGAUGGAUGAAUAGGUUGUGAAUCACUACAGCAGUAUUUAAGGACAUGCAGCCUAUAUAAUAAUAUAUUAGAGAUAUUCCUCAGGAUUGUAGAGAGAACCCAGAGAAUCUGCAAUUAAAUGUCAUUGAGAAUAUUUAGCUAGUCAGAUCGGUAGAGACUUGUGAUGUAAGGAGCCCCUCUCCACCCCAACCCCUUGUGUGUGUGAGAGUGAGGGGGUAUCUCACUACUCACAGCAGCUGCACAAGGCAGGCAUUCAUGAGGACAAACAUGCGUCUUCUGCGUUCGGCCGCAGCGCUUCCCUUUCUUAAUUGCCUUUUGAAGUGGUUGAGAAUAUCAUGAUUUCUCUGGGCUCAUCCUCCAUAGGAGAGCUUAUCCUGCUAAGUAGGUCACUCAUCCCUGCUACAGGAAAGGAGGUCAGCUGACCUGAAGGAGCUUUAUUUUAGGCAGGCGCUUCUAGAGGCCCCCAUUUAUCAACGCCCCUCUUCUCACUUUGCAGCAGCGCCAGCCAGGGACAGACGGAGGUAGCUGCUGCUCGCUAGGAAAGAAACAAAGCCCUGAUCCUCCUCUAAUAACAUGGAUAAAGGCUAAUAGAUCUCUCCCAUCAACAAAAUCAUUGCUGAAUUGAUGGAUCAGAUUAUUUAUGGAUGCAAAAUUCAACCACAACCAUGAAAAUAAUGUUUGGAAAACAACUAGCGGAAUUCCCAAAUCGUUGCCUCCACUCUGUACCCCUACUUGAUCUGUGAUGAGGGAUCAUGGCAGCCAUCAUAGAGGUGCCCUCUGCUCUCCCACUCUUCCCAUCGCUCUGUAUUCUUUCCUUCCACCUCUGUAUCCUCCCCUUCUACCUCUUAUCCCCUCUCCUCACCGCUGGCCUACCCUCCCCACACUGCUUCUAGGCUUGUGCUCUGAAUCUGAACAGUCACUGGCUGACUAGGUGCUGCUUCCAAGAGGGUGAAUUCCUGCCGAUCUGGCCUCAACGGCACACCUGCAUCCACUUAGCUGGGAACGGGCUGGGAGACGGAUAUGGCUCUGCACAGUGCACAUUUUUAUCUUCUUUCCUUUUUGGUUCAACUUGGGUCGUUUAACCCCUCCUUGCACCUUUGAUUUACUGUACUGCAAGUUACAUUAGUGCAUAAGAAGUUAUCAAACUGAAUUGUUGUUGAGUUAUUGACAGGAUAGUGCAUGUUUAUAUGUACAGUAUGUUUAAUUCUCGUAUGUUAACAUAUAACUGCCUAACUGACAAUCCUGGGGCCUCAUUUAUAAACCGUGCAUACAUACAAAAUAUACCCCAAAAUGUGCAUGCGCCAGUUAUCAUGCAAAGGUUGGCAUUUAUUUAAAAAAAUACUUGACAAGAGAAUGUGCUCACCUCCCCGCAAACUUUAGACCAUACGUACGCACAUCUGCUAGUGGUUGAAAUGUUAUUGUAUUGCAAGCUGGCAAGUAAGUAUUUUGUGCAAAUUGGGGAUAUGAUGAGAAGCUUAUUCCUAAAAGCAGAUUAACAAGAAUGCAACCAUUCUUGUUUUAGAUAAUUUUUUAAAAUCUAAAAUAAUUAGACAUAGGAAUCUUUAAAAUAUAUUUUUUUCAUAACCAUUGCAGAAUAUAUUCCUCACCUUUUCUGGUAGUGAUGGGUUCAUAUUCCCGAAGGAGCUGGUAGUGAUGGGUUCAUAUUCCCGAAGGAGCUCUGGUAGUGAUGGAUUCAUAUUCCCGAAGGAGCCAUAAAACAAAGGACCAUGUGCAUCUCUCAUUUAAUUUGACCUAGUAAAUAGAUAGGCUGGCUAUGUGUUUCAAGUUUUGCAGUAUCAUAGGCAAUGCGGUUUAUAAUACAGGUAUACAGUCGAAUUUAACAGCUGAUCUUUUACAUUGAAGUAGGCCUAUGUAUCAAGUUUCAAGUUUUUGUCACAUGCACAAGUACAUUGAAAUGCCUUUCUUGCUUGCUCUUUCCCAACAAUGCAGUAAUGAAUAUCAGUAGUAGGCCUACUAUAAAAAGUAAAGGAGAACAAAAACACACAAGAAAUAGAACUAACUACUGUAAGUAAUGUAAUUUUAGGAAAAAAAGUGUAGCCUGCCCUACAAUGUUUCAGAAUUCACAGGCAGUCCAUCAUAUUUAGGUUGGAGGAAAAGUCUAUGCAAAACAUUGUUGAAUUCAAACGUUCUGCUGACAGGUCCAUGACAAUUUGCAAUUGUUUUCUCUUUAAGAAACGGAGACAGUCCUUUUCCAGAUACAGCAAAUUACUGCUAAAGAUUCAAACAUUCUGCCAAGCCAGUAAAUAGACCGUUAGCUUAUAUAAAUAUUUGACAGUAUGGGUAGGCUACAGUAUUGCUGUGCAAUAUGAGCGUGACAUCAUUGCCUAAUUAAUCUCAGAGCCUAUACAAAGGCAGGACAUGAAAACCCAAUAAUCUAUUGAUAAACUAAAUAUUGAACAACAAUUCGUCUUUUGCAUGCCAUGUCCUAAUGCCAAUAGUUCCAAAUUAUACAGCAAAUCAAGGGCGUUAUUUUCAACCAUAAAUGGUGAAUGGAGGCGUUUUCCAGGCGGAGUUUCAAUGCUUGUUCACGCACGCACAGUUUUAUGACAGGUCUGAUUUUAUAACUGGAAACAUGCGUAAGUAUGGCGUGCGCCAAGUUUAUAAAUAUCAAUAUUUUUGUACAGACUUUUCAGAAAUGGCGCAUUUUGUGUGAAAUUGUGUGUGAAAUGUACGCAACCGUUAUAAAUGAGGCCUCUGACCAGAAAGGAACAUAAUGUCCUCAUGGUCAUGUUUUCCAAAUAGUUGUGUGUUUGAAUGCUUCUUUGCACUGAUGUUGUUUUUUUGCAUUAUGAGUGCUGUUCUCAACUGUACCUAAAAUGCAGUAAUUUCCCAAUUUAACAAUCCUUUUAAUUCCCUGAUAUCCAUUAUACGUUUGCUUUGUAUGACAGUUAGCCAUCCUCAUUGCUAGAUGUUGGGCAAUAUGAAUCCGAAAAGGUGAUAACAGGACUAACCUACAAUCUCCUUUACUUUGACCAAUUGAUUUAGUUAGAUGCCCUAGUUUACCACCCAAAACUUUUUUUUAACAUGGCAUCAAUGCCUGAAUUGAGCCUAAUUUUGAAUACUUCUCUCCGCCCUUCAUCUCUCCAUCCUGGUCCUGUCUAAUCAGGAUGGUGGAUGUAGGGGGUCAGAGGUCAGAGAGGAGGAAGUGGAUCCACUGCUUUGAGAACGUCACGUCCAUCAUGUUCCUGGUGGCCCUCAGCGAGUAUGACCAGGUCCUGGUGGAGUCUGACAAUGAGGUGAGAUGGAACGCGCACACCCACAAAAAAAAGUGAAUUAAUUACAGAUUUUUUAAAAUUAUCUUAGAUUAAUUCUGACUAAUUUGAGGAAUUGUACUGGCUAUGUUGUUGAUACAGCGUCUCAAGAAGGACAAACCGUAAUAUUGCCGCAUUUUUCUCGUUUAUCAAGCAAAGGUAUUUUAAGGUAGUAUGAGAGCACAGACGUUCACUUUGCCUAGGAGAAAACCAAACCUACAGUGAGGGAAAAAAGUGUUUGAUCCACUGCUGAUUUUGUACGUUUGCCCACUGACAAAGAAAUUAUCAGUCUAUAAUUUUAAUGGUAGGUUUAUUUGAACAGUGAGAGACAGAAUAACAACAACAAAAUCCAGAAAAACGCAUGUCAUAAAUGUUAUAAAUUGAUUUGCAUUUUAAUGAGGGAAAUAAGUAUUUGACCCCCUCUCAAUCAUAAAGAUUUCUGGCUCCCAGGUGUCUUUUAUACAGGUAACGAGCUGAGAUUAGGAGCACAGUCUUAAAGGGAGUGCUCCUAAUCUCAGCUUGUUACCUGUAUAAAAGACACCUGUCCACAGAAGCAAUCAAUCAAUCAGAUUCCAAAUUCUCCACCAUGGCCAAGACCAAAGAGCUCUCCAAGGAUGUCAGGGACAAGAUUGUAGACCUACACAAGGCUGGAAUGGGCUACAAGACCAUUGCCAAGCAGCUUGGUGAGAAGGUGACAACAGUUGGUGCGAUUAUUCGCAAAUGGAAGAAACACAAAAGAACUGUCAAUCUCCCUCGGCCUGGGGCUCCAUGCAAGAUCUCACCUCGUGGAGUUGCAAUGAUCAUGAGAACGGUGAGGAAUCAGGCCAGAACUACACGGGAGGAUCUUGUCAAUGAUCUCAAGGCAGCUGGGACCAUAGUCACCAAGAAAACAAUUGGUAACACACUACGCUGUGAAGCACUGAAAUCCUGCAGCGCCCGCAAGGUCCCCCUGCUCAAGAAAGCACAUAUACAGGCCCGUCUGAAGUUUGCCAAUGAACAUCUGAAUGAUUCAGAGGAGAACUGGGUGAAAGUGUUGUGGUCAGAUGAGACCAAAAUGGAGCUCUUUGGCAUCAACUCAACUCGCCGUGUUUGGAGGAGGAGGAAUGCUGCCUAUGACCCCAAGAACACCAUCCCCACCGUCAAACAUGGAGGUGGAAACAUUAUGCUUUGGGGGUGUUUUUCUGCUAAGGGGACAGGACAACUUCACUGCAUCAAAGGGGUGAUGGACGGGGCCAUGUACCAUCAAAUACUUAUUUCCCUCAUUAAAAUGCAAAUCAAUUCAUAACAUUUUUGACAUGCGUUUUUCUGGAUUUUUUUGUUAUUCUGUCUCUCACUGUUCAAAUAAACCUACCAUUAAAAUUAUAGACUGAUCAUUUCUUUGUCAGUGGGCAAACGUACAAAAUCAACAGGGGAUCAAAUACUUUUUUCCCUCACUGUAUGUAUGUGGACGCCUUUAGUCUCUUAUUUACAAUAAUUUGAUAGGUAGUGGCUUCUUGAUAUUAUGACCGCACAUCCUGCUUGUUUGUGUACGAGUCUGCAUUUUGUUUUGGUUUCCAUUUUGCUGGUGUCCCUUUGGCUGCAUCUCCAGAUUAAAUUAGGAUAAUAUGAUCAGGCUGUUUAGUCAUUGGAGGGAGCUGGUUUGGAACAACAAACUGUCUGAUGGGUCAUAAAACAGAGUUUCAUACAGCACUGCGCUACAUUGCCAGGCAGAGCAGAGCAGAGUAUCAGGUAGGGUAGAGAUAACCACACCCUCGUGCUCUGCUUUCACCACUGGAUCUACCUGAUCUGACAGUAAACAUGUCACAGCAGCAGCAGAACAGGCCCUCCUCCUUACACACAGACAGGAUGUGUUUCUCUGCUAGGGAGAAUGGGAUUAUAUAAUGGUGCCAAAGAUCUGCUCUCACAGACUUAAACCAGACCACAUCUAACUCACGAGCACAGUUAACCCUAAAAUGCACAUAAGCCACCAAUUAUGCAUAUUUCUUGAAUCAUCCCCCCCAGAAUUGUGAACUUUUUGGAGAAUGGGGGAUGGGAGUAAUACAUCUCAUCACUACCCACCUUUAUUUCCUAGAAAUGCCUUGGGUGUCUUUGUAAAUGGGGCUCUAGGGUACAAUGAUAUUUUGAAAGCUGUCCCUUAAAAAAAUGAAUUUGUUGCUGCAAACGUCCCGCAAAUUUACAGCAAACUAAAUAGUUUGCAAAUAUUUGCCACAAGUGGUGAAUCUGCGGAAAACCUUAAGCACAUAUAAUGCAGUAUUUAUUGUCACUAGUGGAGGUUAGAUCUGAAGGAUUCGUUGUCAUAGAAAUAUACCUGGCUAAAAGGUGAGCCACUUUCGUGGUACCGGUUGUCCCAGGUUGAGUUCAGAGUUGACCAAAGUUACCUCGCUAACUCCUCAAACUGUAUUCGUGGUAUAGGGCUCUGAACUAACCACUCUGGGGCAGGCUAACUUGUGGCUAACUCCAUUUAUGAAAUCAGUGAAAUCAGAUUCCCUCCCUCUUGCAAAGAUUGUCAUAUUCAUUCCCUUCAUUUGAGGAAGAUGACUGAUUUUAAAUAUAAUCAAAUGUUUUUUGGGGGGUUAAAAUAUAAGUAAUGUUAAAAUACCUAUCACAUUACACAUUUAGUAAUGACCGAUUUUGCAUUUGAAACUUCAUGCACAGUAAAACUUUUGUAUGACUUAAUACAAUGAUUUUAUCGAUAGGAGUGGAUAAAAAGGUGCUUGUAUACACUAAAUCACACCAAAGACUGCAUGACGAUAAGUAAUCAAAUCAAGACGGCACUUCUAAAAGCCUAUUUCACAUCAUAGCCUCCUGAAUUUGCAUUUAGAUUUCGGCACAAAUGGAAAAGGUGGCACUGACUCGCUCAUGGAUUGAUGUUUCAGCAUUGACUUAAUGAAGAGUUCGGCUUUCAACUAUCCAUGUGCGACAUGCACGCGCAGUUACAAGCCUGACCUGGAAUGUGAAGCUAGCUGAAGCUGGCUAGCUUUAUAAAAGCCUGAGUAGUUCUCGCUUGCUUCGUUGUAUACCACUCAGAAGUAGUUUCUGGUGAACACGAGUUCCAAUACCAGUAACUGUUGACGACCAGUCGGGGAGAACAAAAAUCUGUUGGAAGUGGAAACCAAGUGAUCUAACUACCAAAGUUGUCCGGUGAGUGUAACUUAUUAAUUAAAAUACCCAAUAAACGUUUUAAUUGCUUUAGCUAAUUGAUGCCUAGUUAGCAAUAUGUCAUGUUUUAUAGGAUAGAGUGAAACAUUUUGUUGCUAUAUCAGUUUCAACAAGUCAACGCCACUGACUGGCUGGCUAGCUAGCUAGCUAGCUAGCUAACAUUAUCUAUCAUAUUUAUGCACAAUUAAUGUGAUAACUCGCUAGCUAACUAAUGAUUUGUUGGAUUUCUUAAACACUUAUAUUUUUAGGUGAAGAUGAUGCUAGUGUCACAGUUCAGUAGCGUUAGCAUGUUAGAUAGCACAACAGCUAAGGUAGCAACAAUAUAAGCUGACUUGACAUCAAAGCAAAACUUCAUUUUUGCAGAAGAAUACCCUUCCCCUACCCCGUGGUGUUGGAAGAGGAUGCAUCAACACCCUGGAAAGAUGUUUGUGGUGCACUCACUCAAACACAAUUUUUUUGUGAUAAAUGAGUGUAUCGUCUUUAAGCUUGAUAAGGUAAGCAAAUGCAUGUACUUUUCAAAAGAAAUGUGCCUAUACAUUCAUUCCUUGGAACAAUUAGAUCAUCAUUGCUAAACUAUUAGCUAGCUGUUCUUGAUCGUUAGUCUGCUUUCUUUCUAGAAGCAAGCAGUUACAAGGCAGUCAGUUACAGAUUGUGGCCUUCAAUUAAACUGAGGAUAGAGAAAUGUGUGCACAAGGUCAAUUCUUUCAUGCAUGGCCUUGAUGUAAGUUAAUAAUUCAUUUUGCAAAAUUAAUGUAAAUUGCCAUAUUAGGCAUAACUCAAUUUUAUGUUGCUUUUCUUCUAACCAAGCCUUGUACAUCUGAGUCAGGAAGAAGACCACUGACUCUUGAUGAUGAAAUCCUCAGUCUAGAAUAAAGAUGCAAACUACUGUAGCUGUCUAGGAACAGUUGGCCACACAUUUAAAGGUAGAUUUAGUAGGCCUAAGUCCCAGUUUAUGCUAGCUACAUCAUUUGUUUAUAUAGCACAAGGCAGAAACCUGCCAGUUAGCCCGCUGACUCUACCUUUAAAGAUGCCAAAAUAGAAAUUAUAUCUUUCAACAUCUUAAUGGUUUGUGUUUUCAUUGCAUGCAUUCAACAAUUUGGAUAAAGGACUUCCAAAGGGCCGCCAUCUACAAAGUUCACUCAAAAAGGCAAUAGUUCUGAACUGGGUUUGAUUUUGUUUAUCUUUUAAUUACUUACAUUUUGUUCAUUCUCUUUUGAACUUCCACUGGUUGAAAGCUCAUUGCUCACUUAUCACUUGGCUUAUGUACAUUCUGUAGUUGCCCCUUUAAACAUCCUAAGGUUAACAUACCCAUAGUGUUCACAUUUCUCUCAUGUAAAUGUUGUAGCUACAUACAAAGAUUAAAUAAAGAUUUGGGAAAUAUUCAGUCUUUGACCUUUAAUUCAUUAACAUUCUGAUGAUUUCAAGGUUAAUAUUGUACCACUUGGCAUAAUGUUUUCAUUGUGAGAUGGAUAAAGUUGUAUUGGAUUUUUUUUAUCUGUUGAAGGGAUACUUCAGGAUUUUGGCAAUGAGGCCCUUUAUCUACUUCCCCAGAGUCAGAUGAACUCGUGGAUACCAAUUUUAUGUCUAUGUCAAGUAUGAAGGAAGUUGAUGGUAGUUUUGCGAGCCAAUGCUAACUAGCGUUGGAAGGCUAUGGUAUCUGCUAGCAUGACGUAGACUUCCAGUCAUUAUGCUAAUGCUAGUUAGUAAUUGCGUUCAAACUGCACGCAGAGACAUAAAAAUGGUAUCCAUGAGUUUGUCUGACUCUGGGGAAGUAGAUAAAGGGCCUCAUUGCCAGAAUCCAGAAGUAUCCCUUUAAUACAUUGAAUACAUGUUGUUUAGUAUAUUUGGUAUGUUUCGUUUUCUCUGUGAAAAGAAAGUUAAUUUAAAGUUAUGUGAUUUGGUUUAUGUAGAUCAGACAUUGUAAUGUUGUUAAUACUCAAAGUAACUAAAAACCUGAUCAAUUUGCAUAUUCAUAAUCCUUUGCAGCAAACAGUAGAAUGUGCGCCACAAAAUUCCCUGAAUUGUUUGCCAGAAGUUCACAAGUCGCCUCAAAUUUGCUGCAACAGUUUGCCACAAAACUAAUUUGCAUGUGAAAAUUAGCAAAUUGGCUAAAGAUUUGCCACAACUGUUUGCCAGAAGCCUGUUUUUUUCAGUAAGGGUAUGAUUGUUCCACUGGACAGUAUCAUUAUGAUUUUAUCGAGCAGUCAGGCAUUUCAAAUUACACUGAAUUGAGUGAUAUGCAGGCUAAAUCCACUUUAAUGUGGUGAAAGAUGGACUAUUUUGUUAGAACUGAAAUUAAAGAUGCAGUCCAGGAUCUUAAUCACAACAAAUGAGUAACAUGUCAAACGAAUUAGAUUCGUAACAUAUCAUACGAAUUGGACGUAACAUAUCAUAUGAAAUGGAUGACUUAGUACACAAUGUGAUGUAGUACACACAAGGGGGACCUAUUUUUUCUAGUGAGCACCACUUUCAAAACUACUGACUGAAAUUAUAAAAAAGUUCUGGAGCAUCAGGAUAAAUCAACCAGUGUCUCUGAAUAAGACACUAUAUAUAUAUUCCAAAGUAUGUGAACACCCCUUCAAAUGAGUGGAUUAGGCUAUUUCAGCCAACACUACAGCAUACAAUGACAUUCUAGACGAUUCUGUGCUUCCAACUUUGUGGCAAUAGUUUGGGGAAGGCCCUUUCCUGUUUCAGCUUGACAAUGCCCCCCGUGCACAAAGCGAGGUCCAUACAGAAACGGUUUAUCGAGAUUGGUGUGGAAGAACUUGACUGGCCUGCACAGAGCCCUGACCUCAACCCCAUCGAACACCUUUGGGAUGAAUUGGAACGCCGACUGCGAGCCGGGCCUAAUCACCUAACAUCAGUGCCCGACCUCACUAAUGCUCUUGUGGCUGAAUGAAAGCAAGUCCCCCGCAUCAAUAAUAAUAUAAUAAUAAUAUGCCAUUUAGCAGACGCUUUUAUCCAAAGCGACUUACAGUCAUGUGUGCAUACAUUUUUACGUAUGGGUGGUCCCGGGGAUCGAACCCACUACCCUGGCGUUACAAGCGCCAUGCUCUACCAAUUGAGCUACAGAGGACCACAACGUUCCAACAUCUAGUGGAAACCCUUCCCAAAAGAGUAGAGGCUGUUAUAGCAGCAAAGUGGGGACCAACUCCAUAUUAAUGCCCAUGAUUUUGGAAUGAGAUGUUCGACGAGCAGAUGUCCACAUACUUUUGGUCAUGAAGUGUAUGAGCUCAUAAAUGACAUCAAAAAAAGCAUCCAUAUGUGGAUUCUGGAUACUGAAAUAGCGGUGUGCAGGGCAGUUGUGUUGCACAUUUCCACAAUGGCCAAGCUUAAAUAAUUUAAAGGGUAAUUUCUUCAUAGGAAAAGAGAACAUUUACUUUUAGGGCCAAUGGAUUGGUUGAUUUUAGAGAAACAAAAUGCUAAUGAUAAUUGGCGUAUUUUCAAAUGCUUAGAAUAUAAAAACAUGUUUUUUCAUUAAAACCUGUCUGAUUGGUCUCAUUUAUCAUGUUGGUCAGUAUUUGUCCACACAUUUUUAUAAACCAAGUAAAAGGCCCACAUUGUGCAAAGGUGUAGGUUCCGUAGGUUGUGCAUCUAAGGGUUAAGCAUGUUCUGACCAUUCCCCUUUUCUCUGUCCCGAUCUCUCUCUCCCUCCCUCCUUUUUCUCUGUCAGAAUCGGAUGGAGGAGAGCAAGGCUCUGUUCCGGACCAUCAUCACAUAUCCCUGGUUCCAGAACUCCUCAGUCAUCCUGUUCCUCAACAAGAAGGACCUCUUGGAGGAGAAGAUAAUCUACUCCCACCUGGUUGACUACUUCCCUGAGUUUGAUGGUAAACUGCUCUUUACCUUUAUCCUAUCCUAUCUACUAACUCUCUGCACUGGCCAAUGUGGCCAUGUCCAGUACCAUGGCAGCUACUGAGGCAAAUUGUCAAAUAUAAUGCAUAUUGUAGUAAUUUCUGUAUUGUAACAUUGUUCAUUUAAAAAAAUGUCAAUGUCUCUAGGAAAGGUGGCAUGAAAACGGCCCUGAAUGUUCUUUUGUUAGUAUAUAGGGACACCAUGUGGCUAGACAAUGAACUGCAGUGCAAUACACAUUCACACCAUCCAUUAGCCAAAUAGGUAGAACAUGCUUUACAUUCUAUAAUUAUUCUGCAUUUAAAUUAUAGCAGGUAAUGUAGGAGGCCAGUACGAUGCAGAAAAACUUCAGUCAGCUAUUUACAGGUAAUAUAUACAGAGACUACAUAUGGAAAGGAGCAGAUAAGCCUAUGGUACAAUACUUGACCAAAAGUAUGUGGACACCUGCUCGGGCGAUUAGUCAUGGCUCGCAGUUGGCAUACCAAUUCAUCCCAACGGUGUUCGAUGGGGUUGAGGUCAGGGCUUUGUGCAGGCCAGUCAAGUUCUUCCACACCGAUCUCGACAAACCAUUUAUGUGUGGACCUCGCUUUGUGCACGGGGGCAUUGUAAUGCUGAAACAGGAAAGGGCCUUCCCCAAACUAUUGCCACAAUUAGAAGCACAGAAUAGUCUAAAAUGUCAUUGUAUGCUUUAGCGUUAAGAUUUCCCUUCACUGGAACUAAGGGGCCUAGCCCGAACCAUUAUUACUCCUCCACCAAACUUUACAGUUGGCACUAUGCAUUCGGGCAGGUAGCGUUCUCCUGGCAUCCGCCAAACCCAGAUUCGUCCAUCGGACUGCCAGAUGAUGAAGCGUGAUUCAUUACUCCAGAGAACGCAUUUCUGCUGCUCCAGAGUCCAAUGGCGGCGAUCUUUACACCACUCCAGCCGACGUUUGGCAUUGCACAUGGUGAUCUUAGGCUUGUGUGCGGCUGCUCUGCCAUCGAAACCCAUUUCAUGAAGCUCCUGACGAACAGUUCUUGUGCUGAAGUUGCUUCCAGAGGCAGUUUGGAACUUGGUAGGGAGUGUUGCAACCGAGGACAGACAAUUUUUACGCGCUUCAGCACUCAGCGGUCACGUUCUGUGAGCUUGUGUGGCCUACCACUUCGUGGCUGAGCCGUUGUUGCUCCUAGACGUUUCCACUUCACAAUAACAGCACUUACAAUUUACCGGGGCAGCUCUAGCAGGGCAGAAAUUGGACCAACUGACUUGUUGGAAAGGUGGCAUCCUAUGACGGUGCCACGUUGAAAGUCACUGAGCUCUUCAGUAAGGCCAAAUUUGCUGCCAAUGUUUGUCUAUGGAGAUUGCGUGGCUGUGUGCUCGAUUUUAUACAGCUGUCAGCAACGGGUGUGGCUGAAAUAGCCGAAUCCACAAAUUUGAAGGGGUGUUCAUAUACGUUUGUGUAUGUAAUAUCAGGAGGCACAGCUGCUAACGAGUGCCAACGAAAAAGUGUACACGCUGUGUCUGUGGAGUCGCUAGGGCAACGGACCUAGCGACUCCGAGAAGAGGGGGGGAGGAGCAGACUGAGCGGCCCAAAAAACCCCGCAAAGAAAUCAAGAUAGCAUUGGCAGUUGUACAGAUAACUAAUCUAAAGCACUUUGACUUCUCAAACAGGGCAGAAAGAUAACACUAUAUGAUGGCCCGUCUCCUUAUUAAUUCAGCCACUUACUUAGAUAACUAGCAAGUUAAACCAAAUACACAGCUGGACUCACCAGCUCCCGCUUUCUCCCGUUGUGCUAUUUACAAACAAACACGUAACUGGCUCAUCUGUUCUGGGGAACUGUGUUAAGCUUCAUAAUGUAAAAUAAUGUGACGGGUGAAAUGAACGCAAUCUGCUUUAUCUCCUAAUGUAUUGCACAAGUUGACUGCAGGUAUUAACUUAAAAAGGAGUUACAAAAAUUCAAAUGUAUUUAACUUCAAAUAAGUAGGUUUGACGGUAUUGAAAAACCAUCCCGUGGCUAUUUCCAAAUACCCUGGUAUACGGUAUACCUCCCAAGCCUACCACAAAGGGUUUAUCAAUGAAGGUUUCACUCCAAUGUUUGUGUAGGACUCAUAUUUUGUUGGCAUGGGGAUUAUUGGAUUCUUUUUUUCUUGGUUGUAGCAGUAUGUCUGUGUGAAUACAGCACUCUCUUGUAUGCUGAUUUUAUUACAUUUUGGUAUUUGGUAUUUAUUAGGAUCCCCAUUAGCCACUGCAAAAGCAUCAGCUACUCUUCCUGGGGUCCACAUGAAACAUGACAUAAUGCAUAGUACAGAACAUUAUUAGUCAAGGACUGAAAUGCAUACAUUUAAAAUGUCACACAUAGCCUACAUAUCAGUACACAAUAUCUAGGUCUAAUACAUAGUACAGUGGAAAUUACAAUAAAAGAUAUAUAAAAUGGCUGUGUCUCUUCACAGUCCCCUUUGUGCAGCAAGGUGUUCUCUUAUCUGUUUUUUUUAACUGGUUUUAUUGCUACCUAGAGUUACCUGGGGUGGCAGAGUUCCAUGUGGUCAUGGCUCUAUUUAAUACUGUGCGUUUCCCAGCCUCUGUUCUGGACCCUGGGGACUGUGAAGAGCCCUCUGGUUGCAUGUCUUGUGUUGUACCGAUGAGUGUCCGAACUGUGUGCCAACUGCUUGAACAGACAGUUUGGUACCUUCAACACAUCAAUACCUCGCACAAAGACCAAUAGUCAUGCAACUUUGAGCCAGGAGAGACUGACAUGCAUGUUACUGAAACUUUCCGUCCGUGUACAUCUGUGCGAUAAGUGCUGAUUUGUUCAACUGCAAUUUACCUAUGUCCUUCUUUGCUGCACAUGACCACACAGCUGAGCAGUAGUCCAGGUGUGACAAAACUAGGGCCUGUAGGACCUGUCUGGUCGACUGAGAUGUCAAGAAGGCAGGGCAACGCCCUAUCAUGGACAGACCUCUUCCCAUUUUAGCAGCCAUUGAGUCUGUUUUGACCAUGACAUUUUGCUAUCUAGGGUUACACCCAGCAGUUUAGUCUCCUCAACUUCCUCAAUAGCCACAUUAUUCAAUAAUAGAUCUAAACGAGGUUUAGCAUUGAGCGAGUGAUUUGUCACAAAAAUCUCAGUAAACCUUACUUUCAUGUCACUGGCUUUUUCAAUGAACUAAUUUUUGUCCGAGCACAGUCUCCUGAGACGAGCAAACUGCCCGACAGGGAGAUUUGUUUUGUGUGCUCGGGUGGUAGCUGGUAACCAAUAGUAAUGUGUUUGUUCGGUUUCUUUUCUAUAAAUCAAGUCAAAGUUUAUUGGUCACUACCUGUCCACUGCAUCAGUAUGUCAUCAAUAUACCUGUACCAACCCAUGACGUUCGGUAGGAAAGGGUUGACUUGGGGCUCAAACACUAUCUUUCAAAUGCAUAGCAGCACCCAUUGCAACUCAUUUUCAUUUUAGGUAGAAGUCCUUUUCAAAAAAAUUUUGGUGGAUGUUGAUAUGCAGUGAUUCAACAUCAAAGGAGACCAGAGUGACGACGUGUGUAUUGGGUGGGUUCUAUUGCAGGUAAGAUAAGGUCAGACAAGUCUCUCACAUAGGAGGGCAGACGUUGUAUGUAUGGUUUGAUGUAGUAGUCCACGAAUUGUGACUGGUUCCAAAGGGGAGUAAUUGCCUGACACGGUCGUCCAGGGAUUCAGAUUUUUUUUGGUGUAUUUUAGGGACUGUGUAGAUUACCGGCGUGGAGCUGUUUUUAUGCACCAAGAAUCUGUUCUCUUUUGGUGAUUUCAUCUUUGCGCAGGCCCUCAGUGAGAGUUUGUUCAAUUUCAGCCAAAAGCUGUUUUGUGGGAUUUGUAGUAAGUCUUUUUUAUAGAAUGUCUGAUCAUUCCAUUGCCUGAGUAUUUCAGUCUUAAAGACGGAGUAGUCUUGUACCGUAACAGCCACUCCCUUGUCCGCUGGGCGGGUUACUAUAGAGGUGUCAUUCUGGAGAUUGUUAAAGGCUUGUUUCUCAGAAUGAGUAAAGUUGUUCCAUUUAGCCUUGUGUUUUUCCUUGUUCCACUGACUUUUUUGAUAACCCCUAUUAUGUGCGUCUUUAUAUAGAAUGUGUUUUACACACCAGUGCAUAAGCUGCCUUUCACGCACGCUAUUCAAAUAGGCCCUCCUUUUAUGCACUCACUUUGUAUAUGUUCUUGUGCGCUAUUAUUCAUGUUGCCUUUAUACAUUGACUUGAUAACAUUGUACGUAUUUUGUAUAUAGUUUAUUUUCCUGUCGUAAUGUUUACAUUGUCCCCACCUCUAUUUCUAGAGACACGUCAGCUUCCGUCCACAUUGCUGCCUGAAUACUCUAGUAGUCUGUCCUGAUAUGAUAUACCAUAGGCUGAUCUCUCCCUUUCUUUAUAUUACCUGUAAAUAGUUAACUGAAGUUUUUCUGCAUCGUACUGGCCACCUACUUUAUUUUCUUUCUUGGAUUUAAAUCACUUACUUUUUGAGAUCAUGUGUAACAUCUCUUCCAUUCAAUUUGAAAUGAUGUCAUGUGUGUUCGCCGGUAGCACAGGGACACAGUGAUGUGUACCCGUUGCCUGUAGCUUUGGAAUAAGUGUGUGUGUAUGCGCGCAUUCACUCGUGUGUGUGUACCCCCAGGUCCCCAGAGAGAUGCCCAGGCGGGCCGGGAGUUUAUCCUGAAGAUGUUUGUGGACCUGAACCCGGACAGCGACAAGAUCAUCUACUCCCACUUCACCUGCGCCACGGACACCGAGAACAUCCGCUUUGUGUUCGCCGCAGUCAAAGACACCAUCCUGCAGCUCAACCUCAAAGAGUACAACCUGGUGUGA